UUGAGCCACAAACACGUAUUUUAGAAGGGAAUCCUACCCCCCGAUGUACUGACCUCAAAAGGCUUGAGCUAAAAGGAAGUAACACUGAAGCUUCAACAGUGCUGCAGAAAAACUAACAGGCAAGAGGAACUCAGAAAGACAAUCAAUUUUAUCAUAGGCACACAAGAGGUCACCACUGGGAAUGAUGCUACUGUGGACUUUUCAAGCAGUGAAGGAGAGGCAGCUUUUCUGGACAGCAUUUUGUAUGUUAAGCCUGCUGGAAAAUCAUGUUUCUGCGGCUGAAACAACAAUUUCAGGAACUUUACCGAACACACCCACCACUAUGAAACCCACCUCUGUGAAACCCACCACAAAAAUAUCAACUGGAGACCCCCUUACAACUACCACUACAACAACAUCAGUACCUCUAGUACUGGAAAAUUCCACUCCAUCCGAAAAGAACAGCAACAGCAGCCCUGCAUCCACACCAGCACUCAGUCCUACAGUUAGAAUAGCGCAGACAUCUCCAACACAGCAUAAUAUGUCACAUGGUACCAGCAAUGAAACAACUGAAACUUUGACUACAGUAAGACCUCUAACAUCUGUUCCUACUGUGAGGACAAAAUCUGAGGUCACCACAUCACCUAACACAACCAGAGCUGAGGAUAGUCAUGUGAUGUUCACAUGUAUGAAUAUCAAGGAAGUGACAAACACAAAAGUCAUAUGCUUGGAGCUCAAUGGAACCACCACAUGUGAACAGUUUAUAAAGCAGAAAAGAGAGCCACUGGGAAAGGCGCUUUGUGCAACAAAUGAUACGUGCCACAUCCAACUGGCAAAAUCCGAUGUGAAUAAAAAGUGCAUACUCUUGGUUCAUGUUAGUGAUAAAGGCACAGACACAUUGGAUAAGGUUCUAGAAGAGAAGAGCCAUGAUUUGCAGAAGGCGGGGAUAAAAGCCCACAAACAGGAGAACAUUGAGAGUCACAAAGACUAUUCUCGGAAGACUCUUAUUGCCUUGGUCACCUCUGGAUUACUGCUAGCAUUUCUGGGAUUGGCUGGAUACCACCUUAUGAAACGACGGAGCUGGAGCCCCAUGGGAGAGAGGCUGGGUGAAGAUCCAUAUUACACAGAAAGUGGUAGCCAUGGCAAUCCUGCGAUAUCUGUGGCUUCUCAUGAACAGUCUGAUCUGCAGGAUAAGCCAAAUCUCAACGGAGGGGCUCGGGAAAAUGGGACCAGCCAGCCAACUUCAAAAAAUGGACACUCAACCAGGCCACAUGUUGUUGCAGAUACUGAACUGUGAAAAGUCUGUGGUCCAAAGCCUUGUAAAUGUGGCUUGAAAGACCAGAUUGGAAGUAUAGAAGAAUUAGGGUGCAAGAAUGUCAUAAACAGAUUCAUAAUCAUUUUAUUUUCUGCAAAGAGCUAAAACAUCCCAUUCUAAGGCACACGUUUUCAAGAGCUGCCAAAGAACUUAACUGUGUGCUUUUGUUUGUUUAGCAAGCUACUUGAAUGGGAUUAGAUUGUUUUUACUCUUUUGGGGGGAGGGUCUCUCUGUCUCAGACCAAAAUGAAAUGUAAUAGUCCCCAACAGGAAUAUUACAUGGAAAGUUAGAGUAGAUUUAUUAUUUUUUAUUCUUAGGAACUUUCUUGAAGGCUCCAAUGCUUUUAGGUGAAGGGAAAUUCUCUUCAGUGUAAGCAUCCCUAAUUUUAAUGAACAAUAGGAUGUUGAUGGAGAUCAGUGAUUCUAAGUGCUGAUUCAUGUAAAAGCAAUCAGUUCUGUGAAUGCUCCAAUAUGUGACCAUAUAGAAUGCACCCAUCCUAGUUCCCCAUACUAGUUCAAGUAACAUUUUUAAGGUUUCAGGAUAUCAGAAUUGCCAUUUGGGUACAUGGUGGUGCAUUUCUUACAUAUAUUACACCAGUUCACCAUACUAAAAAGACGGAAAAGGUAAACCAAGUAGGAAAAGAAGCUUUGCUUGUCAGAGUUCAGGAGGUUCACUAGUGCUGUUUGGGGAGACUGGCAUGGAGGUAAUGGUUUCCUUUGUCAUUGUUACAUCCUACUCAAACUUGCUUUUUGUGGUGUGUUGUUCUAUAAAUGCACUCAUGUCUGCAUUAAACUCAAAAACAUUCUGAAAUACCAUUUAGCAGUCCCUGAACAACAUAGAUUUGAUUCUGUAUUAGAUUUGCUUUUGCACAGAAAGACGAGGUGGACUUUCACUUGAAAAACAUUAUUGAAUAUGGAGGGCAAGCCUUCAUAAACAACAUGAGACUGCAGUGAACAACUGGCCUGAAACUACUGUUGUUGCUCAUUUGCUCUGACAGUUCAACAUUUCUCACCAGGGGGGUUGUUUUCAAUUUAUUGUUUAUAUAAAAACAAGCAAUGGGGAGUACUGUUAUGGAGCAACCGGAUGUUAGAUAUAAAGUAAGCUGAAAGACUUAAGACUGUUCUCUUCAGUCCAGAUGAAAUUAGUUCUAUUAAAUUCAGUGGACAAAUCAGUCACCAUUAAAUUAAUUGGCUUGUUAAGUCUCCUAAGAGUGCAGUCCUAUAGCUAAUUACCUGGUAUUUGAACUCCAUGGGGAACUCCCUAGGAACUCCAUAGGAUCGUGUUGUAAAUAAAAUAAACUGUUUUUUGAUUAAA